CAUGUACCCCAAAACCUUUGUAACCCAAAAUAAAAUAAGGAGUACAAAAAAAAAUAAAAAAUAACAUCCGAGACCAUUGAUCUCCAGUGUAAUUCCUGCCUCUGGCCGCUUUCAACUGGUCGUAUAGAGAAAGAGGUACCCAAGGCCCCUGCAUGCUUAUGCCUGACUUUUUCAAUGCGUAAUAACGCUCUUCAGAUCCUGGAUACUGGCAAAACAUUGAUCUGAGGUGGUAUCACACAAAGAAACCGGACAGAAGGACUUGACGCCGUUUGCCAAUGUUAUUUUCUUAUUUUUUGUUGUCAACAACUCGAGUUUGCUUCACCGUCUUUCAUGGAAUGAGAGCCCCCUGUCUCUAAUCGAUCAACCAACCCCGUAACUAUACGGCCACCAGAUCACGCCUGGCCCUGCCAAGAUACUGUUGCUGUUUGCGCUUGCAAUUUUGGUUCUAGAAUUAGUACCAAGACAACAAACCCUGCCUACCUGCGCCCCCAGACUGGAUCUGACCAGGUCUUACUGACUUUGACAUUACGGUGCUUGAACUGCUGUACAGUACAGCAGUUUGGUCGGCCUGUCAUCACCAAUCCUCCGUUCCAUCUCUCCCCGAUCUCUCUGUUUUUUUUGGUUUUUUUUUUACCUUUGCGACUGACACUAUCUUACUGGAACCAACCUGGUCUACGCCAUCCGCCCGUUUAUUGUGCCACUGGUUUCAUAACGGCAAUAAUUCACGACUCCAUCACAUCACCUCUUUCCCCGCAUCGCCAGCCAUAUCUGUUACCUAACAACUUGGGCUUCUGACUAAUAAGAAAAGAGCUUUUUUUCACCACCCUCACACUUGUUUUUCCUUUCGUCUGAGCACCACCCUCCUGCGAAACAGUUGAGGUACACAAUAGCUGGAACCAGGGACCGGGACCGGGCCCUCGUGCGUUCAGACUGUGGCAAUUAUCCAUCACCCCAAUUUUACACGCCCAGGAAGAAAAGAAACGUAACAACAAGUUACUCUGCAGGGCUAGGGUGCUUGAUCAUUCAUCGGACCGAGCCUUGGCCAGUAGACGUACAUCGGAAGUCUCCAGUUACCAAGACCCUUGACUCUCGAGGUCCUCCUGACCUUAAAAAAAAUACAUAAUCAUGGCUGCCGACGGCUCGAGACGUUCCAGCCCUGAGCGGGCUGGUUCAUUUUCUUCCAUCAGAGAGAGCAGCUCAGACUUAGCCCAAACAUUUACACAUACCAAGGUCUCUUCGUACAUUGCAGACACAGACGAAGUUGCUGUUGAGGACGAAUCUCCCGAACCUGGUAACAUGGUCGACGUACAGUACUUCCCGGCGAUCUCCCAUCGCGAAAGCAACCUCAGCGGUAACUGGUUCCCUGCCGACAGCUUCAAGGGCUGGAAGCAGAUCAACGUCAAGGGGAAGCUUGCCAGUAAGAGCUUUGGUGAUCUGCAGACUUUGGAUGGCGCAUGGAAUAAGGCUCCCUUAGUCCUGAAGAAGGAUGGACCCAAGGCGAGAACCCCAGGCGAUGCUCCCAUAGAGAAGCUUCCCAUCGAAAUAUUGAACUCCAUCAUAGGUCUGCUUGUGCUAGACCUUCCCCCAAAUGGUGAUAGGCGCAAUGUAGACUUGAUCUCGCUGCUGUUAACCUCCAAGACGAUUCAUACGGCAACUCUCAACUCACUGUACCACAAGAUCACCAUCCCUCACUCAAAAAUCUUUCACAAAUUCUUGACCCACGUCAAGGCACACCCCGCUCUCGGCACUAUGGUCCGUCGACUCGACUUCUCUCACUUGAACCCAGAUCUCCUCUUCUCCACCGCCAGCGAGCGGUCGCAGGCUCAGUACUUGACCAAGGAUACUCUGCUGCAGUGUUUGGAGCUCACGCCGCACCUUCAAGAGUUUCUAGCUCAGGACAAGGUAGAUGUUGAUAUCGAUGCCGCAGUCCUCCGCAAGCUAUUUUUUGGACUGCAAAGGCUGCAGGCAGUUGACUUUUGCGGCUCAGCCUCGACGUUUUUCACAAAUGAAUUCACAGAGGUGACCAAGUCUGAGGAUUGGCCCGAAAGGCUACCACAGCUGAAGAGGGUCUCUUUGCACAAGUGCGAGAGGCUACCGUCAUCUGUAUUCGAGGUGCUCUUACCCAAACUGACGACAGUAACCCACCUCGACGUUGCUGGCACCCGCAUCACAAACGAUGCACUCGAUAGCAUCCCUCGCACAGCCAGCAUCACCCAUCUCAAUCUAGCCAAAUGCAAAUUCUUGAAGGCUGACCGCGUCAUCAGCUUCUUGAAGGAGCACCCGGCGGUCCAGGAGCUCCAGUUUUUGAGCGUUGGCACCGAUGCCAAAACGCACCAACUGUUGGACGAGGAUUCCCUCACAGAGCUCAUACCCAUCUUGCCCAAGACGCUAAAGUCACUGAGUCUGAAGGGUAGCAGGAUGAACAAGUCACACCUCAAACUCCUCCUGCCGCUGACCAAGUAUCUCGAGGAACUUGCGCUCGGCCGCUCACUCAGGCUCAUGGACAUCCAACAGUUAUUCAUGCCCCCGGAGGAAGCUGAUUUGGAAGAACAGCUUGCUUGGGUGCCGCAUACGAUCAAGUAUCUAGACCUCUCAGACAUGUGGGGCAACGAGGUUGAAAGCUCAGUCCUUUUCAACGACUCACUUCUGCUCAAAAAGGCAACAGAGCCUCUGGCCGUCAUUGAGUUUGAGGCCAAGGUGUUCAACCGAGUCAAGAACUCCAAAGGUGCGCUUACCCGCUGGGGUUGGCGGACGAGUGAAAUCUCGGCCCGAUCAUGGCUUGUUCGCAUGAGCAGCGACGGCGACGACGGCUCAAGGAGCUGGAAAAUGGGCGCCAGGUACUGGGGUAUGCGCAAGAUCCCAGUAGCAGUCUCCGAGGUUGGCGGCAUCUACGGUUCGUUCAUGUUUGGACGCAACCUGUAAGGCCUUGUCGUAUUCUCGCCCGUGUGCCUUGAUUUUGCAUCAUUUCAGCGUUUGUACCAAAGUGGUCUUCUCUGGCCAGGUUCACGUUGGGCGUGGGUGUUUUUGUGUUCUUUGCUCUUUUUUUUCUCUCAUUUCUCUAUCCUCUUGCUCUUACUUUCAUGGUUUUUGAAUUUCCGCCUGUAUUGCAUCGUUUGGAGUUUGAUGGGUAUGUCAUUGUUAGAAAAUCACUAGAAAAAGUUCAUGGUGUAUGGGCAUUAUCGGAGCUUUGUUGAUGGGAAACUAAAAUAUUGAUGUAACGAUGAAUUGAGUAUACACCCAUAAGAUUUACAGGACCAUCAUGAACAUGCGAGCAGGUGUUGAUUGCAAAAGGUUCUGUUGAUCCCAGUGGACAUGCUAAAUUUGCGACGUUUGUUGGAUCAGCAUACCGUACAUAACAGGCCUCCUUUCGGUGUUGCUUUUACCUUUGAGCUUUUGCUUUUUCCUUUACUUCUUUACUUUUCUGUAUGUACGGUGCAAGCAAGAUGUCGUCACAUACAGCAUCCUUUUACUGAAUACUAUUUUGAUAUGCAUUUUGAAAGCUGUACACCUAACCCAUCAUUGGAUUUUUGUGGCAG